AUGCUUAUGUACCUGGAGAUGCGAUACACCCGCAGAUCUUCAGACGCAGUAGUGCUAUACACCAUUGUAUCAGCAAUCGCUCUAGAUGCUCCGGAGAAUAGAUCCCCUGGAGAAUAUCAUGGAGUUCUGAGCAGAGUCUUUUUUGCAUGGAUAAAUUCACUUUUACUCAAGGGCUACCGGACCAUCCUUACGAAUGAUGACAUACCCACCCUUGACCGGAAUCUCAGUCCUAAAACAAUGAGACGUGUUAUUUUGCAAUUGUGGAGCCAAAGAGACAAGCCGGAAACGAAGAGGACCCUUCCCUUGGCGCUGUUCCGAUGCUUGAAAAGACCAUUCUUCGACGUAAUUCUACCACGAUUAUUUCUUACUGUAUUUCGAUACUCGCAGCCAGCCUUGAUUGGACGAUCCAUUCAACACAUAAUGAAUCCAUCAAUCAAAGACCGGGAGCUGCAGGGAUAUUGGAUCAUCGUCUCUGCUCUGGUGAUUUAUUUUGGUUUGGCCAUAUCGACGGCGUUGUACCAGCAUCGGCUUAACCGACUGAAGUUACUGACCAAAAGUGCCCUUAUCGGCUUGAUCCAUGCGAAAAUCAUAGACUCCCCUAGUGUAUCCUACGAUGACGGUGAAGCGACUACACUGAUGAGCACUGACACAGACGGCCUUGAGGGUGUGGGAGAAAUGUUCCACGAGACAUGGGCGCAGAUAAUGGAAGUAUCGAUCGGAAUAGUACUAUUAUCACGCGAGAUCGGUUGGGUUUGGCCACUCCCUCUCAUUCUAAUAUUUUUGUGUUCCCGUGUUAGUCGCUAUGUUGCAAAGCAUUUGAAAACACGACAGAGAGCCUGGAACGAGAUGACACAACAACGUGUAUCUGCCAUCAGUUCCUUGCUAGGUUCCAUGAAAGCCAUCAAGAUGUUAGGGCUAGAGAGCGCCAUUGCAGCGCAAGUUCAGAGAGCUAGGGAAACCGAACUUCUAGUCGCUUCCAAGGUCAGGUGGAUGACGGUGUACUAUAAUGCCAGUGCUAAUGCCCUCGGUAUAUUUUCGCCUGCGUUGACCCUGGUACUUUACACGAUCGUGGUCAGUGCAAAGGGCAAGUCGUUGGAUACCGAGACCGCUUUCACAACUAUGGCCGUCUUGAGCAUGAUUACUCAUCCCGCAAAUAUGGUCAUGACGAUAGUUCCGAAAGCAAUCGCCGCGUUUGCCGGGUUUGAGAGGAUUCAGCGCUAUCUCCUCAAGCCAGUAUUACGCGAUAGAAGGCGGCUGCUACCUCGGUCCACCUCCAUUUCUGUGGCUUGGGAUCCAUCAUCAGGGCACUUGACGAACCCGGCUCCAGUCAUUGAGUUCAGAAAUGUCUCCAUUGACACCAAACCGGCAGUCUUGGCGAACCUGAACUUCUCCCUUGGUCCAGGAUCUUUGUGUAUGGUGUCCGGACCUGUGGGGGGCGGAAAGUCUCUGCUACUUCAUGCGAUUCUUGGCGAGGUUGCAUUCACGGGAGUGAUCAGUUUGGCCAAUAAGCGGAUUGCGUAUUGCGCGCAAAAACCCUGGAUACCCAGCGGCAGUGUAAGAGAUGUCAUUUUGGGGGUUACCAGUCACGGUGAUACUUUGUGGUAUCAGGAGGUUCUUGCUGCCUGCUGUCUCACACGUGAUUUGGCAGCGCUCCGCGAAGGAGACGAUACUGAAGUUGGUAAUGGAGGAAGCAAUCUCUCUGGCGGUCAGCGGCAGCGACUGGCAAUCGCUCGUGCGCUAUUUUCUAGAUGUGACAUCAUCCUUCUAGACGAUAGUUUCAGCGCUUUGGAUGGCACGACAAAGAACAAGAUUUUUGAAAAUCUUCUUGGUCCCGACGGCCUCGUGAAGAGAUUACGUUCAACUGUAAUCUUUACGUGCAACUCAAGCGAAUUCUUCUACGCCGCCGAUCACAUCCUCAUUCUUAGUGACGGAUGUAUCAUUAAGCAGGGAUCAUGGAAGGACCUCCAGUCGGAAUUCACUUCUUUCGCGAGGCUUUUGCCUGAAAGUAGGAAAGACCACGAAAUGGAUGACCCCCAGAGUUCGAACGUCGCCGACAGAUUCACGUCCCGAAUUCAGGCGUGUGAUGACGCAGAAAUUGACCUUGCACGGCAGACGGGUGACUCAACACUCUAUAUGUAUUACUACCAAUUCGUGAGACUCAUCAACCUCCUCUUUGUUACUGCAUGUACUGCUUCAUACUCCGUCUUCAACACUAUCCCGCAAUACUGGUUGAAGAUCUGGACAGACCCAGGGGCUAACAACACUACACUAUUCGUCACUGGCUUGUUGGCCAUUUCUUUCAUUUCAUGGAUGUCCACAAGUGGUACCAUGUGGGCAACUGUCAUCCGAUUAGCCCCGCAGUCCGGUCGUCAGAUUCACCAACGAUUACUUGGUAUUGUGGUGUCUGCACCCCUAAGCUUUUUCUCUUCGACUGAAAAUGGCUCCAUACUGAACAGGUUCAGUCAGGACAUCCAGCUGGUAGACAAACAACUGCCGUCAGCUCUGGCAAAUUUGAGCAACCAGGUUUUCAAACUCUUUGCGCAGGCUGCUUUGCUUCUAGUUGCACAGAAAUGGUUGGUAGUAUCUCUACCGGUCUGCUCAGUUAUCAUCUACGCUGUACAGAAGGUCUAUCUACGAACAUCGCGUCAAUUACGGUUUUUGGAGUUAGAGUCGAAGGCGGCGGUGUUCUCAAGCUUUCUUGAAUCGGAAAGAAACGAGACAAUUCGUUCGUUUGAUUGGAGAAGAGAAGUAGUACGAAAGAACGUUGCGUGUGUUAGUAACGCUCAGCGGCCAGAAUUUCUUCUGCUAUCUCUGCAACGAUGGCUGAACCUUGUCUUUGAUCUUGUGGCAGCGAUUCUAGCAGUAAGCGUCAUUGCACUCGCUGUGGCAUGGCAUGGCAGCACAAGCAGCGGACAGAUCGGUCUCGCCCUCAACAUUCUUCUUGUAACAAACACAACCCUCCUGAGACUGGUGGAGUCCUGGACGACCCUGGAAGUCUCUCUAGGAGCGAUUUCGCGCCUGAAAAUGCUCGAAGAAGGCACGCCUUCAGAGCAUUUUCCUACAGAGACACUGAGCCCGCCAGAAAACUGGCCACUCAAGGGGCAGGUUCGUCUGACACGAAUCAAUGCGUACUAUAACCCCGGGGCUUUGGCUCUAUCCGAAGUUGAACUGCACAUUGUUUCUGGCCAAAAGAUUGUCAUAUGCGGGCGGACUGGGAGCGGGAAAAGCUCAUUGCUUUUGACUCUACUUCGAGUCUUAGAUAUCGAGUCCGGCAAAAUGGAAGUCGAUGGUGUGGAUCUCGCUCGGAUCCCACGCCACUUAGUACGCGAACGUUGCUUUGUCACCGUGACCCAGGAUCCUUUGAUACUGUACGACCAAAGUCUGAGAUUCAAUCUGGACCCAGGAAAUUCCAGCUCGGAUGAGCUUCUAGUCGAAGCGUUGACAAAAAUUGGGCUUUGGUCCCUAUUCAGUCAGCGAAGUGAGCCCGAAGGCGAAAAUACUGCGUCGUUACAGUACCAUUCCGAUGCGGAAGAUGACGAUCUGGACAUUUCCACAACUUUAGCCCGAAAGAUUUCCAAUUUUCCGAUACUCUCAAGUGGGCAGUGCCAGCUGCUUGCGGUAGCUCGUGCGUAUGUUAAGGUCAAGGCGCUCAGAGUCGAUGGGCUACGUCCAGUCAUUUUACUGGAUGAAGUUACGUCUUCUGUUGAUUAUGCCACAGAGUCGGCGAUACAUGAUAUCAUUGACCGGGAGUUUACUUCUCAAGGCCAUUCAGUUAUCAUGAUCGCCCAUCGGGUGGCGAUCCUGGCAGGUCACACGCAACCAGGACGGGACCUAGUGGUACAAAUGCAAGAUGGCCGUAUAGACCAUGUGACUACAGAUCUUUCUGCGUUGGGUCAGCCGGGCAUCAUAAAGCAAGAGUGA